AUGCCGCUGCUUUUCUGCCCCAACUGCAGCAAUGUGCUGACCAUCUCCCGCACCGAGACGAGCUCACACCCGCUGGGGGUCAACCGCUUCGAAUGCCGCGCCUGCCCCUAUGAGGAGAUCCUGGAGAAGAAAUGGUUCGAGGAGACCAAGAUGAAGCAGAAGGAGGUGGAGGCGGUGUUUGGCGGCGCGGAGGAGUUUGCCAACGCGGAUAGCACGCCCAGUGAGUAA